AUGGCCAUUCAGGAUCUGUCCAGUCUGCACCCAGACUGUGAGUAUAUAUUACAGCUGGAGCGAGAGGAGCGGCAUUGUCUUCAAUACAUCGCAGAGCAUGACAACAACCACAGUACACUAGGUUGUCUACCGUUCUGGGACUCUGUGGUGUGCUGGCCAUAUGCUGCAGUUGGGGAGAUGAUCAACACAACCUGUCCUGCUGUCUUCUCUUUUUGGGGGAAUAACACAGCAGGGUCAGUCAGCAGAAACUGCACCAGCAUCGGAUGGUCGCGACCCUUCCCCCCGUACCACACAGCCUGUAGUGUGGGCGACGACGUUCCCAUUCCAGAGGACUCCUACUUUGCCACUGUCAAGCUGAUCUACACCAUCGGCUACGGCACCUCCCUGGUCUUCCUCUUCAUCGCCGUGGUGAUCCUAUUGCUCUUCAGGAGGCUUCACUGUGCCAGGAACUAUAUUCACAUCCAGCUGUUUGUCACCUUCAUGCUAAAGGCGGUGGCUGUGUUCAUCAAGGACGCCACACUAUUCGCCAGCGACGACACCAACCACUGCACCCUCUCCACCGCAGCCUGUAAGGCAUCAGUGGCCUUCUGUCACUACUGUGUCAUGACUAACUUCUUCUGGCUCCUGGUUGAGGCCCUCUACCUAAACUCACUGCUCCUCUCCUCCUUCCACCACUACCGCCGCUGCCUCUGGGGCUUUGGCCUGCUGGGCUGGGGUGUACCCAUCAUCUUCACAGUCAUAUGGAUUGGGUCCAGGGUGUAUUUUGAGGAUACUGAAUGCUGGGACAUCAAUGAGGACUCCCCCUAUUGGUGGAUCGUAAAAGGGCCAAUUGUUGUUUCUAUCGGGGUCAAUUUCAUCCUCUUUCUGAACAUCAUCAAAAUCCUGAUACAGAAACUGAACCCUCGUCUGAUCCAGUUCAAUAACUCCGACCACUACAGACGGCUGACUAAGUCAACCCUGCUCCUCAUCCCCCUCUUCGGGACCCCCUACAUGGUGUUUAACUUCCUACCUGACUACUUCAAUGUUAGCGUGCGCCUCUGGUUCGAGCUCUGCAUGGGGUCCUUUCAGGGGCUGAUAGUAGCGAUCCUCUACUGCUUUCUCAAUCAAGAGGUCCAAAAGGAAGUCCAUAUGAGGUGGCUGAGGUGGCAGGACAACAGCAACGGAGUGGUUCUGCCCGGUGCCAAGGGAAGUCAGAUGGACACACAUUUCUAGGGCCACAUUCUUCAUCCACCUCCUCCUCCUCCUUUCUCCAACUUCUAUAUGUGUGUCUUUCGGCGGGGUUGGAAUAAACCAGAAGUUUCCAUUGGACAACGGUCAUAUUCUUCUUCUAAUUCCCGUGGCCUCCACACAUUGCUUAUAUAUUUUAUGAGUAGAGGGUGCUGUACAUUGUGUCCCUAAAGCAUACAAUGUCCUCUCUUCCCAUCAUCAAAUUCUCAUUGCUAAAGGGACCACCACUGGGUUCAUCUAUUGUGUCCAGCUCUGUGAAAUGCCCUUCCUCCUCCUCAUCCUCCUCUUUCU